AAAAAAAAAAAAGCUACGGCGGCCGAGAAGGGGCGAGCACAGCCCAGUCCUGAGGUCGCGGGAGGCUCCGAGGACUGCAAAAGGGUGGAGCCGGCCUCGCCCCUGCCCAGGCCCCGGCCCUGCCGGGAGCCCACAUUCCCAGUCCGGGGCGGCGGGCAGAUCCUUGCAAGCAUGGUCGCGCCGGGGCUUGUACUCGGGCUGGUGCUGCCAUUAAUCCUCUGGGCCGACAGAAGUGCAGGUAUUGGUUUUCGCUUUGCUUCGUACAUCAAUAAUGAUAUGGUGCUGCAGAAGGAGCCUGCUGGGGCAGUGAUAUGGGGCUUCGGUACACCUGGAGCCACAGUGACCGUGACCCUGCGCCAAGGUCAGGAAACCAUCAUGAAGAAAGUGACCAGUGUGAAAGCUCACUCUGAUACCUGGAUGGUGGUACUGGAUCCUAUGAAGCCUGGAGGACCUUUCGAAGUGAUGGCACAACAGACUUCGGAGAAAAUAAACUUCACCCUGAGAGUUCAUGAUGUCCUGUUUGGAGAUGUCUGGCUCUGUAGUGGGCAGAGUAACAUGCAGAUGACUGUGUUACAGAUAUUUAAUGCUACAAGGGAGUUGUCUAACACUGCUGCCUAUCAGUCUGUCCGCAUCCUCUCCGUCUCUCCUAUUCAGGCAGAGCAGGAGCUGGAGGACCUUGUUGCGGUUGACUUGCAAUGGUCUAAGCCCACCUCAGAAAACUUAGGCCAUGGAUAUUUCAAGUACAUGUCAGCAGUGUGCUGGCUCUUUGGACGUCACCUGUAUGACACUCUGCAGUAUCCCAUCGGGCUGAUCGCCUCCAGCUGGGGCGGGACACCCAUUGAAGCCUGGUCAUCUGGACGGUCACUGAAAGCCUGUGGGGUCCCUAAACAAGGGUCCGCUCCAUACGAUUCUGUAACUGGUCCCAGUAAGCACUCUGUUCUCUGGAAUGCCAUGAUCCAUCCACUGUGCAAUAUGACUCUGAAAGGGGUGGUAUGGUACCAGGGGGAGUCCAAUAUAAAUUAUAACAUGGAUCUGUACAAUUGCACAUUCCCUGCGCUCAUCGAAGACUGGCGUGAAACCUUCCACCGUGGUUCCCAGGGGCAGACGGAGCGUUUCUUCCCAUUUGGACUUGUCCAGUUAUCUUCAGAUUUGUCUAAGAAGAGCUCAGACGAUGGAUUUCCCCAGAUCCGUUGGCAUCAAACAGCAGACUUCGGCUAUGUCCCCAACCCAAAGAUGCCCAAUACCUUCAUGGCUGUAGCUAUGGAUCUCUGUGAUAGAGACUCCCCUUUUGGCAGCAUCCACCCUCGAGAUAAACAGACUGUGGCUUAUCGGCUGCACUUGGGGGCCCGUGCUCUGGCUUAUGGUGAGAAGAAUUUGACCUUUGAAGGACCACUGCCUGAGAAGAUAGAACUCUUGGCUCACAAGGGGCUGCUCAAUCUCACAUAUUACCAGCAAAUCCAGGUGCAGAAAAGGGACAACAAGAUAUUUGAGAUCUCCUGUUGCAGUGACCAUCGAUGCAAGUGGCUUCCAGCUUCCAUGAACACCGUCUCUACCCAGUCCCUGACCCUGGCGAUCGAUUCUUGUCAUGGGACUGUGGUUGCUCUCCGGUAUGCUUGGACCACAUGGCCUUGUGAAUAUAAGCAGUGUCCCCUAUACCACCCCAGCAGUGCCCUUCCAGCCCCUCCCUUCAUUGCUUUCGUUACAGACCAGGGUCCUGGACAUCAGAGCAAUGUUGCUAAAUGACUGUUUCAAUAUGAUCAGAACUUAGAUAUAAGGAUAGGUCCUUCAGAUUUUAGCAUUUAAGAGUUUCAAUAAUAACCAUUGCUUUUAAAGGAAAUUAAUAGAACGCCUCAUUGAAUGGCUUCCAGCUAGCACAUGGCUGUUUCUAUAUUCUGAUGAGCCCGGGCUUAUAGGUAACUUGAAAUGCUUGCUUUUUGUUCCCUAGUUAGUCUAAGGGUCUGUAUUGGACUAAUUCUGAGCUACAGACAAAUUGGACCUCAAUGUCAUUCACUUCCCUCAUAUUAAUGGGAGUGAAAUGUCUAAUACUUUUGCCCCUUUUUAUCCAGAGUUGUGGGAUCUCAGGAUUGGAAGAGAUUUUAAAGGCCACAUAGGCCAGCUAGUAUUCAUGUGUUCUUUACAAAAUUUCUGACAGGUGGUUACUGAAUCUCUGUAUGAACUUUCCAUUCAAAACCUUCCAAGUUUUUCCUUAUGUGGAACCGAAAUCUUUCUCUCACGAAACUUUACUACUAUCAGAGGCUUUCAGAUAAUUGAAGACAGAUCUCUUUGUAUUCUCUUCAAGCCCAAACCAAUUCUGUUCCUUCAAUCUAAAUAGUGGUAAUAUGAAUGUCUAAGAAAUAAGAAACAUGUGCAGGCACUUUGGGAGGUGCUCAGUGACUGCCCUAAGGAAUGAAAAGCAAGGGCCAGGUGGGAGUAGCCCAGGGAAGACACUUGGGCUGCCAGGAACAGGAGGGGUGGGAAACUGGCUUAGGAAAACAUGAACAUGGGGCAACAGAGGCAAAUUGUUGUUCGAGUUAAAUAUAAAUCUCAGGCUCUUUAAAGGUAAAAGGUUUAAGGAUAAUCCAUUUGGAAGAAAAGAGUGAGGCUGAAAGUAAAGCCACAUGACAAGCAUAUAGAAAAAUAAUGCAGAUGAUACAAAUAUGAAAGAGGCCUUCUGUGUGUAUUAUUAAGAAUCUUCAUGCAGUUUACUGAUGGAUUAAAAAACAGCUAACAUUGCCUGAGAAUUAUGUUACCUAUAAGAAGUUGGAAAUAAAAGCAUAAUCACUA